AUGAGCGCAGAUCGCGGUAACGGUGCUAUCAGUGGUGUGGGCAGCGGAAGCAGCGGUGAAGCUUCUGCUGCUGGUGCUGCUGCUCAAGGUCGUGGGACUGAAUCAGGUGCUGCUAACGAGGACGUUUCUAACGAGGAUGCAGCUGAGGCUGGUGCUAAAGAUGAAGAGCCUCCUCUUGACAUCGAUAAAUACCUCUCUUCCUCACUUCCACACAGCAGCAGCAACAGCAGCAGUGAGUCAGGGGAGGAGACAGAUGCGGAGCAGAGGGCAGAAAGAGCAUGGCUAAUGGAUGAUGGCGCUGUUGCUGGGGAAAGAGAUGGAAUCAGUGCUGCUGAAAGGCUUGGUGGUGAUGCUGCUUCUGGUGAAAGAGACUCUGCUGCUGCUGGUGCCAGUGGUAGCAACGCCAGUCGUGGUGGUAACCAUGGCAGUGGUAACCACGUUGUUGCUGCAGCCGAUGGUGACGCUGAGGACGUUGUUAAGGUUCAAUUAGGUCAAGAUGGGGUGGAGCAAGAGAGCGAGGAGGACGAAGGGGAACAGGAGCAGCAGCAGCAGCAGCAGCAGCAGCAGCAGCAGCAGGAGCAAGUGGAUGUCAGCAGCCCAGUGAGAGUAGGUGACGAGGAAGGCAGAGGGGAGUGGGUGCGGGACUCUCAGGGCCAUCCGCUGUAUUCCGGCAGCACGUGCCAGUUCCCUCUACCCCACUGGACGUGCCGCCGCAAGGACCGCCCCUCGUUUGUGUAUGAACAGUUCACAUGGCAGCCAGAUGGGUGCCGGGUGCCUCGGUUUAAUCGCUCCGAACUCAAAGAACGGUACGUGGCCGGUCAGUCGCAUGUGGCGGGAUGGGUUGGAUGGGGUGUGAUGUUUUACUUGGUGACGCGAUGCAAGGACCGCCCCUCGUUCCUCUUCGGGCUGUACUGUACCACUGGCAGCCGCAGUGGUGCCGUGCCGAGUGCCCUAUGGGCCUAUGCUUUGUGCAUAGGGCACAAACGCCACCUUCAGUUCAGCCCCAGUCUGCGCAGCAAGAAGGUGGCGUUCGUGGGUGAUUCAGUGCGCCAGCAACAGUUCUUCUCUCUGUUCUGCCUCACGCCCCCCCUUCACUCCCCACUCCCAUCCAAACACCCGCUCAGUCCUCCACAUUUCUCCAGUCUGCGCAAUAAGAAGGUGGCGUUUGUGGGCGACUCAGUGGGGCUGCAGCAUCUGCGCAACAAGAAGGUGGCGUUUGUGGGCGACUCAGUGGGGCUGCAGCAGUUCUUCUCACUCCUCUGCCUCAUCUCCCCCACACCUCGUACUCAUGAGCCGUACAUCGAGUCACGAGAUGCCGACUACAAGUUCAACUGGACAACUGGCUGGCGCGGAUGGCAGGGUUCAGCCUACCGCUUCCCUGAAACCAACACCACAGUGCUGCUCAAGUGGACCACAUCGCUGUGCCACGUGGCGCGCAAGGAUUGGGCGAACGAGUCAGCGGGGCAGGCUGCCCACCUGGACCAACCGGACGAGUUUCUGAGGCAGCAUAUGGAGGAGAUGGAUGUGAUUAUAAUGAAUACUGGGCACCACUGGAACAUUGUGAGGCGGGCAGCUCACCUGGACCAACCGGACGAGUUUCUGAGGCAGCACAUGGAGGAGAUGGAUGUGAUUAUAAUGAACACGGGGCACCACUGGAACAUCAUGCUGAGUCGGGAGGAAGCAGAGCGGCUGUAUUUUCAAACAAGGGAUUUGAACGCGGAGGCAGCAGUGGAAGGGACUGCAGUGCGGCUGCUCAACAUCACGGCGCUGUCUGCCAUGCGCCCCGAGGCACACCUGUCACGGUGGUAUGACAAGGACGGCAAGGCACCGGGGCAGCAGGACUGCGUGCACUGGUGCCUGCCGGGUGUGCCUGACGCGUGGAAUGAGCUGCUUUUCUGGGAGAUUGUGAGGAGUGGCCGGUUCCCCUUGCCUGGGGAAGUGCGAGGGAAAAGGGAUAGGGAUGGUAGCAGCAGCAGACUAAUUCAGGACAUGUAA